AUGACAAUGCGCAAGCGCAGUCGACCUCGACCCAGGAUACCGGCAUUCCAAAAGAUGGCGGCCACGAAGGAUGUCAAAGUUUUGAUCGAUUUAGAUAAGCUUAAAAAGAUUGAAAUGUCGGGUAAUUCAGAUGCUAAAGAAGAACUCAAACUCAAGUAUCUAGAUGCCCUCAGUCAGGGUUCUGCUCAUGAAGAAUUCAAGGAAGUCAAUGAAGUGAAAUCCAUCAUCUCUAAGCUGAAAGAUGCCGUCCAAGAGCAGACCAGUCGGGAACUUUCGUAUGAACGAUUCCUAUUUAUCAUUGAUCAGUAUCAAGAGCAGCCCCAUCUGUUGGAUCCACAUCUUGAUGCCAUUCUAAACCAGAUGCUUGCUAUUGUCAGGAAUCCUGACACCCCUGACGAGCUACUCCAUGAAACCUUCAAGUAUAUGUAUAUCAUCACUAAGACCCGUGGCUUCAAGGUGAUAGUGAGAAUGAUGCCUCACGAAGUUGCUGAUUUGGAACCUGUGCUUGAAUUGUUGGCAAAACAAGAUGUGAACAACUUUGGUGCCUGGGAAACCCGCUAUAUGCUCCUGCUGUGGCUGUCUAUAGUCAGUAUGAUACCCUUCGACAUGGUACGCCUGGACAGCAACGCUAAAUCAGAGAGUGGUGAAGUAGUUAGGGAGCCAAUCAUGGACAGGAUAUUUAACGCGGGAAAGAUGUACCUGUUUGCCUUCGACAAGUCGAGAGAUGCCGCAGCGUAUUUGGUGGCCAAGUUCCUGACAAGACCAGAUGUGAAGAAGAUGAAGAUGGCCUCAUUCAUGGACUGGGCAAAGGAGAAGAUAGACGGAGAAAAAUGUAAAACGAUGGCUGGUGCCAGUGAAGUGGCUGGAUCCAUGUCAACUCUUGCAUAUCUCUUCAAACAUGCCAAGCGAGAAGAUCUCAUGGAUUAUGCGCCUGUGAUUUUGGAAAAAAUAAAUACGGCUAACGUAAAAGACUGCGGCAAUAGCUACCUGAGGAAAUUUGCCAUCAAAAUUGUUCAGCGUCUUGGGCUGACACUCAUGAAGUAUCGUCUAGCAUCUUGGAGGUAUCAGCGUGGAAGUCGAUCUCUGUCUGACAACUUGAAGAAGGAUGGCCCUGUGAUAUCAAAAUUGGAGCAUAAACCUGUGGCAGACGACGAUGAAGACUAUGAUAUCCCUGAUGAGAUUGAAGAAAUCAUUGAACAACUGCUUGCUGGUUUGAAAGACAAAGACACGGUUGUGAGAUGGUCUGCAGCGAAAGGUGUUGGUCGAGUGACUGGUAGACUACCAAAGGAGCUUGCUGAUGAAGUGGUUGGGAGUGUCCUGGAGCUGUUCACACUACAGGAGACUGAUGGUGCAUGGCAUGGUGGCGCACUAGCACUUGCGGAGUUAGGAAGGAGAGGACUGUUGCUUCCCCAGAGACUCAAUGAUGUCGUUCCUGUGGUGCUGAAGGCCCUUGCCUAUGACGAGAAGAGAGGGAACUUCUCUGUUGGUGCCCAUGUCCGUGAUGCAGCAUGUUAUGUCUGCUGGGCCUUCGCCAGGGCCUACGAACCAGACGAUCUUGCACCUUAUGUCAACAGUAUUGCCAGUGCCCUCAUCAUUGUGUCUGUGUUCGAUCGUGAAGUGAAUGUGCGGCGUGCUGCUGCGGCUGCUUUCCAAGAAAAUGUCGGCAGGCAGGGUCAGUUUCCCCAUGGUAUUGACAUCUUGACCACGUGUGAUUAUUAUGCCGUAGGCAUCCGGACGAACUGUUACCUGGAGUUGAGUGUUUAUGUUGCCCAAUUUGAGGAAUACACCCACGCCCUGAUUGAUCAUUUGGUGAAGGUUACAUCAAAUCAUUGGGAUGUGGUGCUCCGUGAACUGACAGCGAAAGCACUACACAACCUCACUAUCAAAGAUCCAGAGUACAUGGCAAAGACAGCGCUUCCCACUCUCAUUCCCAAGGCCACAGGAUGGGAUCUUGCCUAUCGCCAUGGGGCCAUCUUGGCUAUAGCUGAGAUCACACAUGCAUUGUCUAUCCUUGCCCAGGAAAAACAAAAAGAGCUAGUUUGUGGUUUCCCCACAGAUAGUUCAGGGAACAUUGUUGUCACUCACCGUUUAUGUGGUGUCGAAAUCGAAGCUCAUAUCUCGGGAAAAGUGAACACGACAUAUCUUAAUGAACAACUGGAUGAUGACAUGAGACAGAUUGCAAAAAAGUUGUUUGAUGCCCAACUCUUCAAGGGGCUGAGUGGUGAACUAACAAGAAAAGCAGUGUGUUGUUUGAUCCAGAAGUUAUCCAACUCCAAAAUGCCAUAUCAUGGGGACCCUGUCAUAGGAGUGUGGCAAGACCUGAUUGAUGACUGUUUGUGCCAUGCAGAGCCAGACGUCCAAUUAGCUGCAAUUGCAGCUGUUGACUCAUUCUCUACUGAGUACUACCGUCAACAGGAUGGAAGUGCUGUCCCACUAGUACAAGAAAAGCUCAUAGACAAAUAUCUCGGUCAGUUGAGAAGUAGCUCCCAAGAGCAGACUCGUCAAGGUCAUGCAUUGGCACUUGGUGCCUUUCCCAAAUUCCUCCUUUCUGGUCGGUUGAAGUCGGUGAUAGCUGGCCUGAUCGUAGCCUCAAAUAUCACAGAUAAGGAAAAACAAUGGGCUGAAGCUCGGCGGGAUGCAAUCAAGGCCUUAACCAGUCUUUGUUUAACUGUUGGCGUUGAUAAAAAUGGGUCACCAAACGAAGUCGUCUGCAAAGAAAAUAUGGGUGAUAUCUACGAAGCUUUGCUGGUUGCCCUACAAGACUAUACGCUGGACAGUAGAGGAGACGUGGGCGCUUGGGUCCGUGAAGCAGCCAUGACAGGCCUAUGGAAGAUUACUUCUCUUGUGGUCACAACAGAUGCAUCUAUGUUGACAGAGGACAUGAGCUCGAACAUGUUUUCCUCAGUCAUCCAACAAGCUUGUGAGAAAAUCGACAGGACCCGUGCCCAUGCUGGUGAAGUGUUCAUCAGUUUACUCUACCAUAGCCCAAGUGUUCCAAAUGUACCAUGUAGAGAAGAAUUGGAAAAGUACUUUCCAAGGGAGGACGUAGCCUUUAUCAAUUGGUCUGCGCCUUCAGAUACAUUCCCCCAAUUUCAACAACUCCUAUCACAGCCGGCAUAUAUGUACAGGACGUUAUUGGGGUUGACAGUCAGUGUAGGCGGGCUGACAGAAUCUUUAGUCAAACAUUCCAGCCAGUCUCUGUUUUCCUACAUGAGGAGCAUCCAAGACAACCAGGAAGCCAUGAAUAAAUUCACUGAAACACUUCUGAAAAUCAUGCAGGAUUACAGGAAGGUGGACCGAGUGACGAUACCCAUGUUUAAAAUGAUCGACCAGCUUCUUGCCAACAAUUGUUUUGAUAUGUAUGGCGAGAGAGAAAGUGAUGAAUUCCCAUUGAAGUUGUUGACUCAAUGUAAGGAGGAAAUUGCAAGAAGUUGUGAUCCACAGAAGAUUAUGUCCAGUGCUGAUGUGUUUUGUGGUCUGUUACAAUUUGCUGGCCAGACACGGCAAAAGGCUUCUAUACAAUUGAUGAUCUUCUUGUGUCACAAAUACCCAAGGGUGAGAAAGACAACUGCUAACAAGUUAUACGAAGCAGUGGUAACAUUUGAUGACAUCAUAGCAGACGAACACUUGGAUGAAGUGAUGACAAUACUGAGUGAUACCCUGUGGGACAAUCCUGUUGAAGAGCUUCGACCCAUUAGAAACCAACUGUGUGAUCUGAUAGGUGUGCCAAAACCAACAAUAACAAAGGCCAAACGCUAACCAGCAUCCAGAAAUUGAAACAUUCAGCAGGAAGGAAUCGAAGUGAAUGGACCAUUGACGAUGACACUUUGCCCAGCUCAAAUGAUUGGUACCACAUGUCUUGAAAUUGACUUAUGAAAAUUUAAUAAAUGGCAUCAAUUGACAAACAGGAUGUUUUUCAUCCAUGUUGCAUUGGUUGGGCGGAAGGGUAGCUCUGUCCUGUACCAUGUGGUCUUGAAAAUAUCAAACAUGUUUAAUUGAAUUGAAAGUGUUUCUCUACUUCUGAAGAGUUUUACCAGCAUUCACUCAGGAAAUAAAAAGACAAAAAACUGAGAAGAGUUUACAGCAUUUACUUUCGAGGUUUUUACUACAUCUGUGGUUGUAUUGCCAUUACCAAUUUGUUCAUCCAAAUCCCUGCGGCACAAUUUUGGAAAGAUAAUCAAUUUAAUUCUAAGAGGGUUGACUUCCCUGUGGAGAUGAUUAGGAGAUGCUAUGCCAUGAGAAUUUGAUUAAAUUCAAACAUUUCGAGAUCUGUUCCGGAAAUUUAUGAUUUGAAGAAGCCACCAUAUAGAGCUGAAAGAGAUGAGUGCACAAAUUACUUUUAGCCGUCACUUAUGUUUAAUUCAAUGGGAGGGCUCAUCUGAUAUGCAUCAGAAAGUGUACACAAACAUGAUAUCAUUUGUUUAAACUUUUAGGAUGAAAACCUGUACAUGUAUCUCCCAUACACAUGAACUCCAGUAUCAAUAACACCUGUGCUUUUUUUCUUUUAAACAUGCUGCAUGUUCCAUUGUAAAAGGUUAGCAACACUUCUCAUGCAUUUGAUUCAAUUGUUACAUUGACUUAGAAUUUCCUGUUACAAACAGUACCUCAGUCCUGUAAAGUAUCGAUAUCAUUGAAUUUAUAUUGAGUUUCUGGUAAAUAUGCACAUUGUGAAAAGCUUUGAAUAUCAAUUGCAUUUGAAUAUUCUUUUUUUAUAGCCUACUGCUCUAUGGUGUGACAUCUAAAGUGAACAUAGAAAUGAAAUGCAAUGCAAUGUGUCAUCUGGCACUGGGAUCAAAGUUAAAACUUUCACAAGAUCAAGUCUGCAUAUUUUAGCCAAUAUUUCAAAGAACAAGUUAUUUUGCUGUGCUCUGUGAUAUUUAUUUCAUGAUCAUGAUUUGAAUAAAUUACUCUAA